UCCUCGCAGUGUCCUAAUUGGGGCGUCUGACUAUCAGUCAAAAAAUAUUUACUGCUGGCAGGUGGUGCUUUAACAGAGUUCCAGGUGUGUGGGACGAGAAACAGGAAGUUCAUCUUUCGGAAUCGAAAGAGGGAUCAAACAUGUCCAAUGAUGUCAGAUAUUGUGAGAAGUUCUCCUACGUCUUCCUAAAGUUCGCCCUCAUUGUAUAUUCCACUAUCUUCUGGCUGGUUGGGGGAUUCGUCCUAGCCAUUGGUAUUUAUGCGGAGGUGGAGCGACAGCGCUACAAAACCCUGCAGGGGGUGUUCCUGGCCCCCGCCAUCAUCCUCAUCGUCCUGGGGGUGGUGAUGUUCAUUGUCUCCUUCAUCGGUGUGUUAGCCUCCCUCAGGGACAACCUGCUGCUCCUCAAAGUGUUUCUCUACACCUUGACAUUCUGUCUUAUUCUGGAGCUCCUCGGUGGCAUCCUGGCUCUGGUUUUCAGGCAUCAGACAGUGGAUCUCUUAAACAAAAACAUUCGGAAAGGAAUGGUGAAUUACUACGAUGAUCUGGAUUUCAAAAACAUCAUGGACUUUGUUCAGAGAAAGUUCAAAUGUUGUGGAGGGCAGGAGUACAAAGACUGGGAAGUGAACAUGUACCAUAACUGUACAGCUCCUGGACCGCUGGCAUGUGGAGUGCCUUACACCUGCUGCCUCGAAAACAAGCCUAAUGAAGUUGCCAACACACUAUGUGGAUUUAAGGUCCUUGAAAAUGAGAGGCUGGCCUUGCAGGAAGUCAUCUACAUCAGAGGUUGUACUGAUGCUGUCUUCAUCUGGCUCAUGGAUAACUAUAAGAUAAUGGCUGGCUUGCUGCUUGGCAUCUUAUUCCCCCAGUUCUUGGGCGUGAUCAUUAGCUGGCUCUACAUCACACGAGUGGAGGAUGCCAUUGCUGAGUAUGGUAACUACCAGGAUGGACUGCUGGACGCAGGGGACAGUGAUGGCUUCAGGGAACCCAAGAAGCAGAGCAGAAUGGCCAAAUGUUGCAGGUGCAUGCCAGAGAUCGACUGAGCGUGCCUCAUGUUAUCUAACUAGCCUAAAACACUGCUGUGCCUGCCUCAGCCUUCCAACACACUGGAGCUAUCAGCUCGAGUUUUACAACCACUGUUCAGAGACCUUUUAGUGUGUGUUUUUGGUUCUAUUCAGGGAUUGUUUGUUUUUUCAGGGGUUCAUUUAUUAAGGUUUUAUUAGGAUGGAAGGGUAUACAUACCGGUAUGUGCCUGUGCUGUGUGAAAAAUAAAUGGCUUUUUAUUAAUA